GACUCUUAUUGAUGUUAAUAAGAAAAUAUAUUCCACGAUCUGCAAAAAACCAUGUCGCAUUUCAGUUUUCAUAGUGAAGUGAAUGAUCUCUUGAGACUAGAUGCUCCUAUCAGCAAAGGACCGGUUCCGCGAUGGCAGAGAAAGUCAACAGAACGUCGCUGUUCCAGUGCGACUUCAAGCACACCGCUUCGCAACUCGUCAAGGUUAAACUUGAGCAAGACGCCGUCGAAGACACCGAAAUCUCUCAAGAAAACGCCCAAGACACCUUCUGAGGACAGAUUUAUUCCUAAUCGAAGUGCUAUGAAUUUUGAAGCGAGUUAUCACAAGAUGAUCUCAGCUGAUACCGAGAACGAAGAGAACGAAUGUAUCAGUCCUUCGAAAGCCGAAUUCAAGAAGAACAUGGCCGAAAACCUUGGUGUCGGCGAAGCAAAUGCUAGAAUUCUUGCCUUCAAGAGCAAAGCACCAACAACGAAAGAAGGCCAUUUGAAUGAUCUACGCGUGUUGUACGGUCAGAACAAAACUCCCUCCACUUCGACCAAGAAGAAUGCAAGGCAUAUUUCUCAAGUUCCUGAGAGAAUAUUAGAUGCACCCGAUCUUAUUGACGAUUACUAUCUGAAUCUUCUAGACUGGAGUUGUAACAACCACUUAGCUGUCGCUCUUGGUGGUUUUGUUUACUUGUGGAAUGCAGCUUCAGGUGAUAUUGUACAACUGUGUCAAACUGAACCACCAGACUGCUAUAUUGGAGCUGUGUCUUGGAUUAAAGAAGGGAAUUACAUUGCUUUGGGAGACAGUAAUGGUGCUGUACAGUUGUGGGAUGUAGAGGCACAAAAACGUGUACGCAGCAUGUCAGGGCAUUCUGCUAGAGUUGGUUGCUUGUCAUGGAAUUCAUAUAUUCUAUCAAGUGGGAGCAGAAGUAGUGCCAUUCACCAUCAUGAUGUUCGUGUCGCAAAUCAUCACGUUGCAACACUUGCCAGACAUACACAAGAAGUGUGCGGACUGAAAUGGUCACCUGAUGGCAAAUAUCUUGCUAGUGGAGGAAAUGAUAAUCUGUUGGUGUUAUGGGAUGCCAAUGUCAACACAAAUAGUAACACCAAUACGCCGCUGUUCACCUUCAAUCAGCACCAGGCAGCUGUUAAGGCACUUGACUGGUGUCCAUUUCAACGUAAUGUACUUGCUAGUGGUGGUGGAACUGCAGAUCGACACAUCAGGUUUUGGAAUGUUGCUACUGGAAACUGUCUCAGCAGUAUUGACACUCAAUCACAAGUGUGUUCUAUAUUAUGGUCAAAAGAAUACAAGGAACUUGUGUCCAGUCAUGGUUAUGCACAAAACCAGCUGACUAUCUGGAAGUAUCCAUCAAUGGUCAAAGUAACUGAGCUGACUGGUCACACUUGUCGUGUCCUUCACAUGGCCAUGAGUCCGGAUGGACAGACAGUUGUGUCUGCAGCAGCUGAUGAAACUCUUAGAAUAUGGAAGUGCUUUGCUUCUGAUCCUGUAACCAAGAAAAAAUCCAAGCCUAGUGUGCCAAGCGGGUCAUUGGUACACAGAGGCAUUCGAUGAUAAAAGUUUUAUAGUUAUUUAGCAAAGUUAUCAAAAUUUGAAUUAUUAGGUAAUUAUUAAAAAAUUACUGUUUCUAAGGUAUUUCUCCUUUUGCUUCCAACAUAUUCCUAUGGAGCCAUUUUUGAUAGUACAAUUAUUUGUUAGCAUUUUAUAACAUUUGCAAAUCAUCAACUUAUCACAAGAAAACAGUGAUGACAUUUUGCUGACUUACAAAAAUUUUGUACAGUGUUAGUUGUUUAGUAUUAGUUAUA